CACGCCAACGGCUAUUUGCAUGAAGUAUUUUCUAGCUGCAGUUUCGACUCGUCUGCAGAACGAGUCUCUCCGAGGGGAAAGCGAGGGAAGAGGCGCAGAGAACAUAGGAGGAGGAGGGGGGCUCUUGUGUUUCACAUCAGAGGAGCAGCAGGAAGAAAAAAAAAACGGCCCGAAAGAGAGGAUAAGGUGUCGGAUAGCAACAACAACAAAAAGCAGAGGGAAAAAAAACACAACAGCCGCUGUUCUUGUAUCGGAAAAUGGAGCUACCCGCCGCGGGAGAGCACGUCUUUGCGGUGGAGAGCAUCGAGAAGAAGCGCAGCAGAAAGGGGAGGUUUGAGUACUUGGUCAAGUGGCGAGGAUGGUCCCCAAAAUACAACACGUGGGAACCAGAGGAAAACAUCCUGGACCCAAGACUGCUUGAUGCUUUCCAAGACAGGGAACGCCAGGAGCAGCUGAUGGGAUAUCGCAAGAGAGGACCCAAGCCCAAGCACCUCCUGGUUCAGGUUCCUUCUUUCGCCCGGAGAUCCAGUAUUCUGGCGGACCUUCAUGAGGCGUCCCUGGACGAGGACAGCUGUCAGAAGCCCAGCCCCAUCCAGAUGCUGCGCCCCCAGGGCCAGCAGUACCAGCUGAACAGCAAGAAGCACCACCCGUACCAGCCGCUGUGCAGGGAGCGCGAGGCCGAGCAGCAGGCCAACAGCAAGAAGUUCUACUUUCAGCUCAACAGCAAGAAGCACCACCACUACCAGCCGGACCUCAAGGGCCACGAGCCCAUAUUCGCCAAACCCCGAGAGGUAAAAGCUUCCGAGCUGGCUAACAAGGGCUACAACCUUCCCCCGGUGCUGCAGCAAAAGUGGGUCAGGGACAAGGACUCAGGCUGCCUGACAAAAGUCAAGGAUAUCACCAUGGAGCUGAAGAAGCUUCCAGCAGACCUCAAUGGCCACAAAGAACCGGAGACGGCCAGACCUAAAGAGGACGCUUUGGCGCAGUCUAACGGUGUCAGCAACGGGAAGCUAAAGAUCGUGAAGAACAAAAACAAGAACGGGCGGAUUGUUAUCGUCAUGAGCAAGUACAUGGAAAACGGAAUGAAAGGGGCCAAGGUUAAAAACGGCGAUUCUGAAACUAGCGAAAAGCCGUCGCAAGGAACGGACACCAGCGCGGAGAACCACCUCGAGAAGAUGAAGCUCGUCAAGAAGCUCGGCCUCAUGAAUGGAUUUUCCAAAAGCCCCAAAGACAAACCAAGGGUUCCCAGUUGUGGAUUAAACGGACCCUGCCCCAGAGCCCCGGAGCCAACUGUGACGGAACAGGAUAAACAUGUCGGGGUCAGGGGUCAGGGGCAGCUUUCAGCCGAUCAGCCUUUACAAUUGACAACCGAGCCUAAUCUGUUCGCCCUGCCUUCGGAUAAGGGAGUUGCCCCCCCACUGGACAAAAGAGGAAGCCAAGGUGGAUUCCACGGAGUGAAGCGACACCUCUUUGACACAGACAGCGAGGAGUAUGGGAGUAGUAAGAGGUUUGUGACUUCCAGGAGUAUCGACGCUCCUAACACGGUGUCCUCACCCUCCCAAAGCAUCAGCAUGGACCAAAACGGACACCAGAGUCCCAUCGGACUGCAGGACUGCGGGUAUGCAGACCAGGAGGAGCCGAUUGACUUGAGCAUUGUCAAGUCCAGGCCUAAAACUACCCAGCCUGAAACACACCCACAGGCUCCGACUGUAACACAAGCUACAACACAUACACAGGAUGAAACAGACACACAAACACAAACAGAGGCACAGCCCUGGACUGAAACACAAAAAACUACAGAGGAGGAGAACGUCACUCCUUUGUCUGUCUCUGACCAGGACAAGAGGAAAGAGGAGACAUUUCCCUCUUUCCAGCCUUUCCUUGGGAAUAUAGUGAUCACAGACAUUACUACAAACUGCCUCACGGUCACGUUUAAGGAAUACAUCAAAGUGUAACUCAACUGGGUACCAACUGUAUACAUGUAUAUAAGAGAUAUUUGUAUUUUCAGAUGUUUGAAUGUACAAUUGGCCCCUUGAUGUUUUCAUUUUUGCAUAGUUCAGAUAAAAAAAAAAAUCUUUUAUUGCGUUAUUUGCAUAUUUCUUCUUCUAAGCUCUUUGUUGUAAAUGCUGGAGCUUUUGUCACAUGCAGUAUCUAAUUUCAGCUGUUUUGAACAUAGUUUAAAAAGCCAAAUUAGGUAAAUGUCUAAACUUUGAUUAAAGACGCACUUAACUUGUAAAUACUCAAUAAUUUGAUUAUACACUCAACUGUCUGCAUCUCAUAAGGUUAAACAAAUGUAGGCUGUAUGGGCAAUUUUGGAAGGAAGAAAAACUGUAUUAAAACAUGGUAAUUUACACUGUGUGUGUGAGAGUGUGUGUGUGUGUGUGUCUGUGUGAACAGAUGGACAGAUUUAAACAAGGAUGCAUGCUGCUUGGACAGAUUAUGCUAUUAGGCAUGCUUAAACAAGCAGAUAAAGUAAAAUGAAGCGCCUUUAUGUGGAUAAAUGGGAUUUUCAUUGUUAAAAAGGAAAAUGAAAGCGUAUUAAUGGUUAAUGUUUGAUUCAUGCUCCUUUUUUUUAAUUUGAUCUCCGUUCAAAGGGAAAGUGUUUUUUUGCGUCAUGCAUCUCGAGAUCCGACACUGAGCACAAGUCCCUUCCAUUAAGACGGCAGAUAUACAACUCUGUGAUUCUAUUUAUUGUAUGUUUUCUAGCAGUGCAGUAACUAAAACUGGCUCUUUUUUUCCCACUUGACGUAUAUCAGUCACCAAUCUCUGUUAACACUGCCUGUCUAGCUGUGUAAUCCAAUAGAUUAGUACCACCAGCUGCGUGCUCCAUGAUUCACUUUUUAAUGUUUCCGUUCUCUGCCUCCCUGACAUGUUCGAGGCUAUACACAGUUAUGUAUGGGAUUGAAUGGAUUGUGUUUGUCAUAUUUUGAGUGACUUUUGCAACAUCGCAGUAAUUUAAAAGUAUGUAAAAGCACACAUUCUAGUCAUAAUCAGAUCUGUUCCCUUGUGUCAUACACCCCCUCUGUCCUUUUAUUUCCGCGAUCCCUUCCAGCACUGUAUGGUCUGAGGUGCAUUGAACUGCUCUGUGAGAACGAUGAUCAGAUGCACUUUUGAUGUUUUUGUGUGCAGACUCAAUAAAUUGAAAGCUUCCUAUGAUACAUUUUGCAAUAAUAAAAUUGUUUGCAAGUGA